GAUAAGUGCAGUAAAAAAAAUGGCGCUUGUGUAUGUUGACAGUGACCCAUGGUUAACUGAGUAUGAUGCCUGCGAAAAAUUACUUCGAGAAAUAAAAGAGAAAAUAGCAGCAAGAAAUCUACAGCCAAAAACUUCGCAAGAAUAUGGAAGUUUAUCAUCUUCCAUUCGAAUGCGUAUGAAGCAAUACGAAGUGGAAGUUAAGCAACUCAGGAAUAAAUUAGCCAGUCUCUCAGCUUCGCAAACUAUCACAUCCCAAGAAGCAGAGCGGAGAAUGCGUCAGGUCGAACAACUGGAAAGCCAACAAAUACAAAUUCAGAGGCUGUUUAUAGACAGGGAGCCAGGGAGCAGCCUGAUGCAGAGGCCGGGGCGGGUGUUUGCGGACGUGGGGUCGACCGGUUGGGGCCUGGACCAUGUGGACGAGGAUGAGCGCACUCAGUCGGAGCAGCACAUGAGCGUCGACCAGCUGCAGCAACAGCAGCGCAGGCUGCUGCAAGACCAAGAGCAGGGUCUGGAAGUUCUGUCAUCUGUGAUAUCGAGACAGAAAGAAAUAGCUCAGACUAUUGGCAAUGAAGUAGACCUUCAGAACGAGAUUAUUGAUGAUCUGGCUGAGUAUAUUGAUCGCACAGACACCAGGCUUUUGGAUGAGACACAGCAGAUCAAAAUUAUUGACAGAAAGGAUCGCACAUGCUGGUACUGGGUGGUGAUAAUCGUGCUAUUUGUCUCCAUCGUAAUAGUUGCAAUAGUGUGAAGGAAUACUCAGUACUUUUCUGCAUAUGGCAGGCACUGUGUACACAUAAAAUAUGCAAACUACUGUUGGUGAGAGUAACUAGUGUUCGCCUCGUGUAUAAAACUGACAUGAAUGUUAAUGUGUUACCUAGGCCAGCAUUACGUGAAAGCCCUUUAUGUUCCAAUGGCAAAUAUGAUUGAGUAUUAGCAGGUUGUUGGUUGCUAUGCUGGUAAAUGUUCAGUUUUGCUGUUGGUGCUAUGUUACAUCAUGGAAAUUUGUAUAGUUACUAACUGCAAUUUCUUGAUUUGUGAAUUUGUUAAUGUGAGCAUGAUUGUGUUAAUAUUUUGUAUCAAUAAAUAUUAUUUUCUUAUAAUUUGGUGUUACAGUAA